GGUAUGAAAGUUGGAAAACGAAGCCUGGUGUAACUGGUGUGGCGUAGCCCGCAAGGACGCAUCUGACCGGAAUCACGCACCGUCGUCCGGAACGUAUUGUCUGCAACUAACCUAACCCCCACCGGCCAGGCGGCCACCACAAGCCGAUCCAAAUAUGUUUUUUUAACUCCUCCCGCGGAAACAGAAAUAUCUACUCCUCCCGCCCCUACUCGAAAUUAGAUCUUCAGAUGUUAGGGUUUUGUGUACUUUUCUCCUCCUCCUCUUUAAUUUCUCUUCGCUUGAAGUCUGUUAUAAUUAUCUUGUCUAUAACUUUGAUCAUCGUGUCAUUCUUCAAAAAAAUCGUUUCAUGAGAAAUUUCUGUUUAAUUUGAUCUGAUGCCGGCCAAAAUUGUUUUUGCUUUUAUGCUCACUAAUUAUAUCUGAUGCACGUUCCUUGUUUUGUUCCACGAUGUCAGUGGGCACCUCGGUUUGCAUUAUGAUGGGACGCAGGUAAUACCUGAAGCCUCUAAGGAACACUUCGUCUAUAUUUUGUCAUUUGUUCGUCCUGUUUGUGUCGAGGACAAUUUUAUGAGCUGCUGUUUAUAUACGAAGAGCAACUGAACCUCUUCGUCCUGGUUGUAGCGGAAUACACAUUUGUUUCCGAACCUCUUAGCAAUUCGCGUUGAAGAGCGAUCUCAAAGGUCUUAUUUGGUCUGAUGGGGACAAGGUUCUGUUGCUUCAGAGCAGCAACGAGCAGGGGACAGAACAAGUCUCAUCGCGCAGCAUAUGAUUAUUCUGGUGUUGAGUUACCACGAGAACCAAGGAAUGUCCAACUGUUUUCCUGUAAUGAAAUGAAGUCAGCAACACGGAAUUUCCAUCCAUCAAACUAUAUUGGUCGUGGAGGUUUUGGCAUUGUAUAUGAGGGAAUCUUAAGGGAUGGGACCCAGGUUGCGAUAAAGUCACUUUCUGCUGAAUCAAAGCAAGGAACCAAUGAGUUUUUGACUGAGAUUGACACGAUAUCAAAUGUUAGGCAUCCAAAUCUUGUCCAACUGAUAGGUUGCUGUAUUGAAGGCAGUUACCGGAUGUUAGUAUAUGAAUAUAUGGAUAAUAACAGUCUAGCAAAUGCUUUGCUUGGUCAGAAAAAGUGCAUUUCGCUGGAUUGGUCCAAAAGGGCUACUAUUUGUAUUGGGACAGCUUCCGGUCUUGCAUUUCUUCAUGAGGAAUCUGAACCGCGUAUCGUUCAUCGUGAUAUCAAGGCUAGUAACAUUUUACUUGAUAAGGACCUAGUUCCUAAAAUCGGGGAUUUCGGUUUGGCAAAGCUUUUUCCUGACAGUAUCACUCACAUUAGCACACGUGUUGCUGGAACCACAGGGGUUAACUUGGCACCGGAAUAUGCCUUGCUGGGGCAAUUAACCAAGAAAGCUGAUGUUUACAGCUUCGGAGUACUCUUACUUGAAAUUGUAAGUGGUAGGAGCAGCAGCAAAUCAGCGUGGGGACAUGAUAUGCUGGUUCUCGUGGAAUGGACGUGGAAGCUACGAGAGGAAGAGAGGCUGUUGGAGAUCGUGGAUCCAGAAAUAGUGGGAUAUCCCCAGGAGCAGGUGUUGCGCUUUAUCAAGGUGGCACUGUUGUGCACCCAGGCGCCAUCCCACCAGAGGCCCUCGAUGACACAGGUUGUGGAUAUGCUAAGCGGCGAAGGUUACAAGAAUCAGAUGAGUCUUGACCUCCUCGAUGUGAGAAACCUGGUGAAACCAGGUGUUUCCUUGAUAAAAGAUGCGGGGUCCAAUCCUAGUCAAAAGCACGAGAGUAAUUACCAUUCAAUCACACGUGCUGAACUAUCCAACAGCUUCCAAGCGAGCACGGUUGAGGUGCAACCUAGGUGACAGCCACGGCAUAGGACUGCUUUGUGACUGUUGUCUGCUAAGUCAAUUGUAGAGGGCUGAUUAUUCUCGUUGUUGGCGUUUCUUUUUCUCUCUUGCUUUUCUCUUUUCCUUUUAUCCUUUUUCCUGAUUUAUCAUC